AUGUAUGAAAGUACUUACACCGAUUUGGUAUCGGCCGACUUUUCUGUACCAGGGGCCAUCAGCUCUACGAUUAAGGGUGGAUUCGACCAAACAAGCGUGAUUCCUCAAUAUGCUCUCCAAGCUUGUGCGUUUACUAGCAGCGCGGAUCACAUACAAAAGGGUGACUCGGCUGACAGCGUGGUAGGGCUGGAGAUUGACGGCAAGGGCGUCAGCCACGAUGGAAGGAGGAAGGUCUUGGGACAGGUCUGCUCACUUCAACGCAUAGGCAUCCUUACAAUUUGGUUCAUAAUCCAAGAGAAAAUUAGAACCUCCACAGACAUGGGCAAAGCGUUCUGGUCGAAAAUCAGACUAGAAAUGAACCAAAACGUCUUACUGAUGGACCACAUUGACAUGCCACGGCCAAAUUCUCCUGAGAAUACAUUCGUGCCAUCGUUCAAUCUGAACGCGGCGAAACGGCGAACGUCAGUCAGGAGGAAAGAAAAAAAGCAGAUUUCCCGCCAAAAGUCAGCUGUCAAAAGUGACAGGCCGGCCAGUGCUGCCAGUGAAAAAAUUUUUCUACCACAAAGCAACUGGGAGACGGGGAUCGUGUGUAGCGACUUGAAAAUAAUGAGAGUGCAGGAGAGAGAUCAUUAUUUGGUGGCCAAAAAUCGAGGGGAGGUUUUGUGCUGCACCAAGACGGCUGGAGUCUUCAAGGUCAACAGGUUCAGUGUUGCUACUGACACGUCAUCAGUGACCUGCCUGGAUGUCUCGGCUCACUCUCUGCCGUACUUCCUAGCGGCCACUGACUCUGGAACUGUCAACCUGUGCUCCAUACUGGAGUCCAGGGUUCUACUUACGCUGGACUGUCGGAAUGGUCCCCCAUCAGCCGAAUGCGAGAAGUACCACACGGACCACAAGGGCCGGUUCCUGGGCAGCGCCUCCGUGAGGCCGGAGAACCCUUCGAUGAGCCUCAGGCCCUCCGCUGGGAUUGCUGUGAAGUCAGUGAGCUGGUCCCGUGUGAAUCCGUGCUGCAUGUUCGCUGCGCUGCGCUGCGGCGCGCUGCUGGCGUGGGAGCUCACGCGCAGCGACAUCCGAGCUGAAGUCGCGGUCGAUGGCGCUGCUGGUGCCAUGGCGGGAGGACACGGGGCUCUGGCACUAGUGACACCAAGCGGCGAAGUGCAGGUACUGAAGCUGCGCGGCGAGCAACAUUCGCGCGAACAUUCGCAGCUGUUCGGCUCGUACGCGGCGCUUUUGUAG